GAGUGAUAGGGAGCAGAUACUCAAAAUUUUUCUUUUAUAUCACUUUUUUUUUUACAUAUACUUUCCAGAAGACCAUGGAAGAAUUCAAUCNUACCUCAGUGACAGAGUUCAUUCUUGCUGGUUUAACAGAGAAUCCAGAGCUCCAAUUGCCUCUAUUCCUUAUCUUUCUAUCAGUCUAUUUGUUUACAGUUGUUGGAAACCUGGGAAUGAUCAUCUUGAUUCUGAUUAGUUCUCAGCUGCAUACACCUAUGUAUUAUUUACUCAGCAGCCUGUCCUUUAUUGACUGCUGUCAGUCUACUAUCAUUGUUCCUAAAAUGCUGUUGAANUUUGUGACANAGAAGAAUGUNAUCCUGUACCCAGAAUGCAUAGCUCAGUUCUAUUUNUUCUGCACUUUUGUAGUUGCAGAAUGUCACANGUUGGCUGCAAUGGCAUAUGACCGCUAUGNGGCUAUAUCUAACCCUUUGCUUUACAAAGUAACCAUGUCCUAUCAAGUCUGUUUGUUAAUGGUGGCUGUGGUGUAUGGUGUUGGCUUACUCANUGCUACAGCUCACACUGUCUUCUUGCUAAGACUGUUUUUCUGUAAGGCUGAUAAAAUAAACCACUACUUUUGUGAUCUUUUCCCANUACUUCAGCUGUCUUGCUCUAGUACUUUUAUCAACGAAGUAGUAGGAUUUUCCUUCUGUGCAUUUAAUAUUAUUGUACCAGCCAUCACCAUAGUUAGUUCUUACAUCUUCAUUAUUGUUAGCGUUCUGCAAAUUAAAUCCUCUGGUGGCAGAGUCAAGGCCUUUAGCACCUGUAGCUCCCACAUCUUGGCUGUGGCUAUUUUCUUUGGUUCGACAACAUUCAUGUAUCUACAACCAUCUUCAGUCAGCUCCAUGGACCAAGGGAAAGUGUCAUCUGUGUUUUAUACCAUUAUUGUGCCUAUGUUGAAUCCCAUGAUCUACAGCCUGAGAAAUAAAGAUGUCAAAGUUGCCCUAAAAAAGUUACUACAAAAGAUGUUUCCUCAAAACAUGAACAAAUUUGAAGAUGAUGUUUAA